GUCAAUAAGCGAGAAGUCACCCGAGUCUGCCUCUGGGACAGCCCCAGUCCGCCCAGUGGUGCCACGACUUUCUCUGCGGCGUGUUUUCAAUCAGAAGGAGAGGGCAGGGGACUACACUCUGAAAAUGGACUACCAGUGCGACACCCCGGAGAUCUCGGAGUCCGAGCUGGAGUGCACAGAUGAUGUGGAGGACCUGCCAGGGAUUGAGAUCUCGACCAUACACCUGGACGAGGCCAUUGAAGCAAUGCUUGUGCGGCGAAGGCGCCACGUUGCAUCUCAGGCGGAGAGGAGGCGGGCUUCAAACAGCUGGUGGCAUCGCCUUUUCGGCGGCUGCUUCCUUGAGGAGGAUCAGGGCACUCCGCGUGGCCUAACUAUGUCCAUGGUGGAGACCUUACCAGUCAGCAUGAUGACCCAGGGCCUGGCGAGUGGCCGGCAUUUGCCAAAGCUCGAACCGUGUGUUCAUGCCAGUGACGCGGCUGCUGGCAAACAGAGGCCAGAGGUACGGACCUGA